UAUAUCCUUGAUGUUACAAGGUUCAUUCACUGUGACUCACUCAACCAGGUUCUCUAAGUCCUCAAGCUCCGAAAUCCAUAUCAUAAGGAUAUGUGAUGUUUAUUUGGGAUGAGAGACACAAUUAGACUAAGGCUCAAUAACUUCCUCAGCAGAAGACAAAGGUGUCAAUGAAAACAGCACUCAAGAAGCUUUAUGACGUAAACAGGCCAAACAAAAUGGGUGCCAGGCACUUCAUUUAACUAAAACUACCGUACAUAAACACAGCAGCCAUUACACUGACGGAGUUGUGAGCCAUGAUUCACAUGGUUUGACCUCGGUGAUAUAUGUUCAAUCAGCUCCACAUUGGUGCCGAUGCUCAGACCUGGAGCCAAGAUUGAAGAGCUCAUCUCCGGGCAUGGUGCACUUUAUAGGGACAGAAUCAAUUAACUUCUCCCCCUCUUAACCCCGUCCAAGAUUCUCCCCCUACAUUCUUAAGGAAGUAAUUAAUGUAAAAGAAAAGGACUGAAAGUGCCAAGAACAUCUGACUGUCAUCUCCCGUAAAUAACAGGUGAUUGAUGACUUUCUCACUUUGUUGGCUUUGUAUCUGUCGUGUUGAUGAAGGGCCGCUGGCAAUGGAUCCAGAUCGUCAUAUUUCUGUCAGCCACUACAUGGUCCCUCUUGCAAAGGACCGUGGUCCAUUGACGAAAGCCACUGUGACUACCUAUUGAUUGAGUGCACUGGGGGGCUGACUGCCCCCUCCCAGUCUCCUCCUUCCAUGUCUGACAGGAUAAAAGUAUGGCUGGGAUGGACCAAAGGCAGUGGAUCGCUGGGGCAGGUUGAGAACCAGUUGAUACUAAGCACUUCUUUGGGACCGUUGCUUCGUUGACAUGGACAGUGUUGUCUCUGUGAACUACUGGCUGGGACUGCUAGCUUUUCUGCUUCUACAAGGGGUAGUCAGUGUGGAGGGAAGAAGCAUCUUCAACCCUGAUGUAUUGCCAUUUGCCACAUAUUCAGGAAACCAUGUCUAUCCCCAAAGAGGGGACACAGAUGCCCAGAACAAGAUUCUAGCGUUGUUACUACAUAAAAGCUUAGAACCUAUUGAAAGAAAUUACGCUUUAGGUUUAGAGUUGGCCAACAAACUAGAGGAGCUGGAGGAGAUAGAGGCUUUGAAGGAGGACUUAGAGCUGGAAAGGGAGCUCUCAUCAAACACACUAGCAGAGGACAAGUCCAUACCGAGGAAAAGGGGCGAGCCCUGUUUCUGGAAGUACUGUGUAUGAUAGCUUAAGGGCGAGAAGAACCUCUACUGAGUCCUGCUGCAUUGCCCUAACGCUCCAAAGACUCAACACGCUCACAGACAUCAACACAACUCACCCAUUACCAUCACCAAAUGUUUAAAUGUUGUAACAUAACUAAUCUACUAAUACUAUAAUGUACUCAUCACGCACAUUGUUCAAUAACCUCUGUGCUGAUGUCGCAAUAUCGGGCGUCUACAGGUAUUUAUAAUAGGUCCAAUGACUGUUGAGUCUAAAUCAGGGUGGGCAUAAGUUACAUUCUAUUUGUGAUGUAUUGCAUAAAUACCUUGUAAUGCAUAAUUACCUCAAAUGACAGAAAUUACUUGAUCGUCAGUUCUGUAUAGGAUGUACUGUUCCAGAUGCUUCUCUACAGGACUCCAACAUUUGAGAAGACAAGGAGUUAUCAGCAUUUCCUGGAAAGUAUUGUUGUCACAACCUAAUAUUAGUCCGCUGACAAAGGCCUUGGCCCUUCUUUCCACACCCGGAGUAACACGUUGACUUUGUCUUCCCCUAGUGGUAAAUGGGGGCAGUGACGCAAUUCAUGAUACUUUCCAUUGUCAAAUAUCAGUAUUGCUUUGAUGAAUGUGUUACCGUUUCCUUCAUUUAAUAAAUUAUAUA